ACACAUUCAGUCAAAAGCCUACCGUUGACGCGUUUAUUGGUGCAUUGGUGAAUAACCUUCAUUUUCGGCAAAAGUCAAGUGAAGUUGAAUUUAUUGAUUUAACAGUGAAAUAGAAUUUUUACCAAUUUUUAUUGUUAGUCAAAUGCUUUUCUUUAAUCGUACUAUGGAAUACCUACAAGAGAUCUACGGAAAAGUUGUUGACUAUGUUUAUGGAGAAGGCAGUUACAAUAAUACGCCACGCAAAGUAGUUGCUUUUGGUAACGUGCUGCUGGACCAUACCGCGCAGCUUCCGAAAAGCGAAACAGAUCUAUUAAAACAAUUUCAAAUACCGGCAGAAUCGAAAGGCGAACUUGAUGCAGAUACUUUAGGAAAGUUAGCAGCUGAGGCAGCCGAGCGUGUGCAAUUUGAAGUAAAUCCCGGUGGCUCUGCUUUGAAUACAGUGCGUAUACUCAAACAACUCGGUACCGAUGCACUUUUCUUUGGCGCUGUGGGUGAAGAUAAGGCAGCAGAGAAGUUAAAAGAGAUACUACAGGAACGCGAAAUCGAAGCGAGACUCGCCACAGUGACUGACGUACCGACCGGUCAGUGCGUCUGCAUCAUCAACAAAGAUACCAAAACAAAAGCGCUGUAUGCCAAUAUCGGCGCAUCGGCCAAGCUGUCCGUCGACCAUUUGCGAAAAGCUGAACAUGACGAAACACAGGCCUUUCUUCGUCCCAUCGAACGUAAACAAAUACUCUAUAUCGAAGGUUUCUUUGUGCCACAACGCCAAGAUGUCUGUGAUUUCAUUGUACGGAGCUACAUAAGAGAACGUCGUCGUUUGGCAAUCAAUUUAAAUGCCGAAUAUAUCAUAAAAGAAAACUUCCGACAAUUGCGCGAGCUUGCGCGUACAGCAUUCUUCAUAUUCGGCAAUCGCAAGGAACAUUUAACAUUUGCACAGCAUAUGGGUUACGAAACGAUCGAUGAUGCCGCCAAGUAUUUGUUGGAACAAAGCAGCACACCCAAAGUGAUUGUGGUGACAAAUGGCCGUGAAUGUGUGCAGUUAAUCACCAACUACGAGGAUGAGUAUGCAACGCCAGGUGCAAUUACAUUUCAAAGCUUCCACGUGCCACGUGUGAACGAAGUUGUGGACUCUACAGGUGCUGGUGAUGCAUUUGUGGCGGCAUUCUUGCAUGCUUGGCUGGAGAAACGUCCGUUAAGUGAGUGUGUGCGUAUGGCAAGCGAUGUGGCGGCCAAAGUGGUGACGGUGGUGGGUUGCAAUCUACCAUGAAGUUAUAAAGCGGAAACGUAACAACAAAAGCAAUAUUAAACUGAUGCACUCAAACAGCGGCAAUAAGCGUUGCAAACGCUGUAGUAUAUUUAGAAAACAAAAAAUUUUGAUUAUUUAUUAUUAUUUUUUUGUAUUAGUUAUUAAGUAUGCAGUAGUUUCAUCGUUGCACUCCUAAUUAUUGGCUGCCUCAUUAACAUUUGAAUGUCACAAGUGCAUUUGUACUUUCGCAUGGAUACAAACAUAUGUAUAUACGUACAUCCAUACAUUCGUAUAUAUAUAUAUAUGCA